AUGACUCACCUAAGCACUACAGCAGAGACCCCAGCAGAAAUAUCUUCCAACAGUCCAGCCACAACUGGAUUCUCCACAGAAACAACUCUGCCUUUGUCAACAACAAGCACUAGGGAUGGCCCAGCAACUUUGAACCCCUUAGAAACAGAAUCCAGCACCUCUUAUUCCUCCUCACCUGUAUCAAAAAGUGCUUCUCAGGCAAGCGAGCAAACUGCUUCUAAUGCUGUCAGUGAGCACGGCUUUACUGCCACAAGUAAUGCACGCACUGAAGAAACAUCCUCUACUCCUUCUGCGACUGUAACGGAAUCCAGCCUGGGAAUUACAUCCACCAAAGGUGCAUUGUCACCACUUACCUCUGAAUCGAAUACACAGGAGGACAUAACAUCUUCCUCUAACCAAAGAACUCUGAGCGAUGUAACAACAACAGACCGGAGCCAUUCCUCACUGCAUUCACCUGCUGCAGAGACACCCAGCACAGAUACAGAGAAGUCAGCUCUUCCAGUGAGCACUGUUAUUCUGGACAGCAGCACAGUGGCACCAACUGCAACAUCCCGUUUCACCACAAAUCUUCCUCCUCAGACAGAGGUUUCUCAAAUCACUGGCAGUAGUAAUACUGUUCAAAGACAGUACCCGUGGGGAUGGCCCAGCAACUUUGAACCCUUAGAAACAGAAUCCAGCACCUCUUAUUCCUCCUCACCUGUAUCAAAGAGUGCUUCUCAGGCAAGCGAGCAAACUGCUUCUAAUGCUGUCAGUGAGCACGGCUCUACUGCCACAAGUAAUGCACGCACUGAAGAAACAUCCUCUACUCCUUCUGCGACUGUCACGGAAUCCAGCCUGGGCAUUACAUCCACCAAAGGUGCAUUGUCACCACUUACCUCUGAAUCGAAUACACAGGAGGACAUAACAUCUUCCUCUAACCAAAGAACUCUGAACGAUGUAACAACAACAGACCAGAGCCAUUCCUCACUGCAUUCACCUGCUGCAGAGACACCCAGCACAGAUACAGAGAAGUCAGCUCUUCCAGUGAGCACUGUUAUUCUGGACAGCAGCACAGUGGCACCAACUGCAACAUCCCGUUUCACCACAAAUCUUCCUCCUCAGACAGAGGUUUCUCAAAUCACUGGCAGUAGUAAUACCGUUCCAAAGACAGUACCCGUGGGUAGCACAAGCAGCGAUACAACUGAUACAGAAUCCAACAGCCCACCUGCCCUCACAAACAAAGUCUCCUCUACUGCUUCUGUAGCUUCCGAAUUGGGUGAUAAAAGUACAGCUUUUGUAGGAACCAAUCCAAUGACUCACCUAAGCACUACAGCAGAGACCCCAGCAGAAAUAUCUUCCAACAGUCCAGCCACAACUGGAUUCUCCACAGAAACAACUCUGCCUUUGUCAACAACAAGCACUAGGGAUGGCCCAGCAACUUUGAACCCCUUAGAAACAGAAUCCAGCACCUCUUAUUCCUCCUCACCUGUAUCAAAGAGUGCUUCUCAGGCAAGUGAGCAAACUGCUUCUAAUGCUGUCAGUGAGCACGGCUUUACUGCCACAAGUAAUGCACGCACUGAAGAAACAUCCUCUACUCCUUCUGCGACUGUCACGGAAUCCAGCCUGGGCAUUACAUCCACCAAAGGUGCAUUGUCACCACUUACCUCUGAAUCGAAUACACAGGAGGACAUAACAUCUUCCUCUAACCAAAGAACUCUGAACGAUGUAACAACAACAGACCGGAGCCAUUCCUCACUGCAUUCACCUGCUGCAGAGACACCCAGCACAGAUACAGAGAAGUCAGCUCUUCCAGUGAGCACUGUUAUUCUGAACAGCAGCACAGUGGCACCAACUGCAACAUCCCGUUUCACCACAAAUCUUCCUCCUCAGACAGAGGUUUCUCAAAUCACUGGCAGUAUUAAUACCGUUCCAAAGACAGUACCCGUGGGUAGCACAAGCAGCGAUACAACUGAUACAGAAUCCAACAGCCCACCUGCCCUCACAAACAAAGUCUCCUCUACUGCUUCUGUAGCUUCCGAAUUGGGUGAUAAAAGUACAGCUUUUGUAGGAACCAAUCCAAUGACUCACCUAAGCACUACAGCAGAGACCCCAGCAGAAAUAUCUUCCACAACUAUAUUCUCUUCUGCCCUCACUGGUUUAGACACUUCAUUUUCAUUAACAUCUGUAACUUCAUCAGCAUCCAGUUCUAUUUCAAAUCCUGUCGACAUUUCUACAGUUACUGACAUGCUAAAUUCCAAUGAAACCAUUACGAUGUCCUCCACAACACUUACAUCUAUCAUACCUAUCACUGUUCUGAACACCACAAUAUCUCAUAUUUCUUCUGCUUUUUCCACACCCAACAUAUCUGUUUCCCCACCAACUACAGGCACAAUAAUUUCUGCUAGUCCUAUAAAGACAUCAUUAACUAGCAAAUCCACAGUUAUUGUUGCUACAAUUGUAACAGCAGGAGAUACUUCCUCGAAGAAUACAAACCCCACAGUUAGAAUUACAGCACCCGAAGCUGGCACUGUUUCAGCUACCACAAAAAGUACAUUACCACAAGGAACUUGCACUUCACUUAUUUUUUCCAUACAACUUGAGAAAGUAACCAGUGAAGUGAUACAGUUGAAUUGGACACCUCAAGGUGGGACAAGAGAUAGCCCUUACACUGUAUAUCUGUUGGGGGAUAACACAGUGAGGAAUAAGAGCACUACGAAUGAAACAUGGAUAGCAUUUGGAGAUCUGGUUCCUGGUUAUGAAUAUAUAAUAUCUGUGGAAGUUUUAACUUGUGCUAAGAAGAUCAAUACUUCAAGGAGAGUUCGCACAGAAGCUAAAACAUUUGAUGGAAAAACCAGGAUUACAAAUGAAGAAUUCAAACCUGAGUAUAACAACAAAUCAAGUGAAGACUUUAAGGAUUUUGAAAAGAAGUUCAUUGCGGAGAUAAGAAAAAACUUGCCACCUGAGAUGCAAAGGUUACUAGACGAAGGAAAACUGCGUAUAGUAAUCAACAAUCUUAAAAGUGGCAGUAUAGUUGUGGACUUUAUGAUUGUUUUGGAUGUAGGAGAAAAUUUAACAAAAACGGAGCUCACAGAUGCUUUUACAGAGGCCUUUAACAACAGUACAGUAUUUCAAACGGACCGCAACGGUACACUUAUAGAAGAAACGAAUAGUUGUAAGAUGGGAUUCAAUGAUUGUUCUGAACAUGCCACAUGCAACAUUAGCGGGCCAUCUUAUUCCUGUCAGUGUCAGGCUGGAUUCACAGACUUCAGUCCCAACGUACCUGGGAGAGAUUGCCGAGAACCAGCUGUAGAGCCUGUGACAACUGCACCAUCAAGACAGCCAUCUACAUCAAAGCCAUCUGUUGAAAGCAUUAGCCCCACACAAGAAUCUGAAACUGCACCUGCAACUUCUAUAAACACGACAGUUCCGUUACCAGUGCUGAGUCCACAAUCUACAUCACUCAUAUAUCCAACCACAGUAGAUUUAACAAAUUUAAUUACUUCCUUAAUAACUACUACACUUCAACCUACAAUUGAAGUCACUUCAACGAAUACUGUGAGUAAAGUGCCCACAGGUAACAUAACACUUAUCAGUCCUACUGGCAAUACUAUAAUUACAAGUACUGAAAUAGGUAAAAGUACUCCCACAGAAAAAACAACGCCAAUAUAUACAGACACAAUAGCAACUACAGAGACACAUUUUUCAACACCCGCCUUCACUGAAACACGUGUAACUUUGCCAGUAUCUUCAUCAGUAGCUACAAAAUCCACAAAUACAUAUUCUGUAAAUAAUACAUCCGUGGAAACUACUGCCUUAGGAACAAUUGCGACGCAGUCCACUGCAGCUCCCGUGUCUAAUGAAGUGCUAACAAAUGGCACCUCCAGGCCUUCUGCUACUACGGACACUAAUGACAUAUCUACAGCCCCUUCCACAAUUACUAGGGUGGACACCACAAAAACACCGUCUCCUGCUUCCAGCACACCAAUAUCCUUAUCGUCUACAGCUUCUUCCACAGAGAGAAUUUCUACAGGUUCAUCAGGUACAUCAUCUACUGAUACUUCCAGAACAACUCUGACUACCCCCUUAGGAACAAUUGUGACGCAGUCCACUGCAGCUCCCGUGUCUAAUGAAGUGCUAACAAAUGGCACCUCCAGGCCUUCUGUUACUACGGACACUAAUGACAUAUCUACAGCCCCUUCCACAAUUACUAGUGUGGACACCACAAGAACACCUUCAUCUGUUUCUAGCACACCAAUAUCCUUAUCGUCUACAACUUCUUCCACAGAGAGAAUUUCUACAGGUUCAUCAGGUACAUCAUCUACUGAUACUUCCAGAGCAACUCUGACUACCUCCUUAGGAACAAUUGCGACGCAGUCCACUGCAGCUCCCGUGUCUAAUGAAGUGCUAACAAAUGGCACUUCUAGGCCUUCUCCUAGUACGGACACUAAUCAUAUAUCUACAGCCCCUUCCACAAUUACUAGUGUGGACACCACAAAAACACCGUCUCCUGAAUCCAGCACACCAAUAUCCUUAUCGUCUACAGCUCCUUCCACAGAGAGAAUUUCUACAGAGUCAUCAAAUACAUCAUCUACUGAUACUUCCAGAGCAACUCUGACUACCCCCUUAGGAACAAUUGUGACGCAGUCCACUGCAGCUCCCGUGUCUAAUGAAGUGCUUACAAAUGGCACCUCCAGGCCUUCUGCUACUACGGACACUAAUCAUAUAUCUACAGCCCCUUCCACAGUUACUAGUGUGGACACCACAAAAACACCGUCUCCUGCUUCCAGCACACCAAUAUCGUUAUCAUCUACAGCUUCUUCCACAGAGAGAAUUUCUACAGGUUCAUCAGGUACAUCAUCUACUGAUAUGACCAGAGCAACUCUGACUACCCCCUUAGGAACAAUUGUGACGCAGUCCACUGCAGCUCCCGUGUCUAAUGAAGUGCUAACAAAUGGCACCUCCAGGCCUUCUGUUACUACGGACACUAAUGACAUAUCUACAGCCCCUUCCACAAUUACUAGGGUGGACACCACAAGAACACCUUCAUCUGUUUCUAGCACACCAAUACCUUUAUCGUCUACAGCUUCUUCCACAGAGAGAAUUUCUACAGGUUCAUCAGGUACAUCAUCUACUGAUACUUCCAGAGCAACUCUGACUACCUCCUUAGGAACAAUUGCGACGCAGUCCACUGCAGCUCCCGUGUCUAAUGAAGUGCUAACAAAUGGCACUUCUAGGCCAUCUCCUACUACAGACACUGAUCAUAUAUCUACAGCCCCUUCCACAAUUACUAGUAUGGACACCACAAAAACACCGUCUCCUGCUUCCAGCACACCAAUAUCCUUAUCGUCUACAGCUUCUUCCACAGAGAGAAUUUCUACAGGUUCAUCAGGUACAUCAUCUACUGAUACUUCCAGAGCAACUCUGACUACCCCCUUAGGAACAAUUGCGACGCAGUCCACUGCAGCUCCCGUGUCUAAUGAAGUGCUAACAAAUGGCACCUCCAGGCCUUCUGCUACUACGGACACUAAUGACAUAUCUACAGCCCCUUCCACAAUUACUAGUGUGGACACCACAAGAACACCUUCAUCUGUUUCUAGCACACCAAUAUCCUUAUCGUCUACAGCUUCUUCCACAGAGAGAAUUUCUACAGGUUCAUCAGGUACAUCAUCUACUGAUACUUCCAGAGCAACUCUGACUACCUCCUUAGGAACAAUUGCGACGCAGUCCACUGCAGCUCCCGUGUCUAAUGAAGUGCUAACAAAUGGCACUUCUAGGCCUUCUCCUACUACGGACACUAAUCAUAUAUCUACAGCCCCUUCCACAAUUACUAGUGUGGACACCACAAAAACACCGUCUCCUGCUUCCAGCACACCAAUAUCCUUAUCGUCUACAGCUUCUUCCACAGAGAGAAUUUCUACAGAGUCAUCAAAUACAUCAUCUACUGAUACUUCCAGAGCAACUCUGACUACCCCCUUAGGAACAAUUGUGAUGCAGUCCACUGCAGCUCCCGUGUCUAAUGAAGUGCUUACAAAUGGCACCUCCAGGCCUUCUGCUACUACGGACACUAAUCAUAUAUCUACAGCCCCUUCCACAAUUACUAGUGUGGACACCACAAAAACACCGUCUCCUGCUUCCAGCACACUAAUAUCGUUAUCAUCUACAGCUUCUUCCACAGAGAGAAUUUCUACAGGUUCAUCAGGUACAUCAUCUACUGAUAUGACCAGAGCAACUCUGACUACCCCCUUAGGAACAAUUGCGACGCAGUCCACUGCAGCUCCCGUGUCUAAUGAAGUGCUAACAAAUGGCACCUCCAGGCCUUCUGCUACUACGGACACUAAUCAUAUAUCUACAGCCCCUUCCACAAUUACUAGUGUGGACACCACAAAAACACCGUCUCCUGCUUCCAGCACACCAAUAUCCUUAUGGUCUAUAGCUUCUUCCACAGAGAGAAUUUCUACAGGUUCAUCAGGUACAUCAUCUACUGAUAUGACCAGAGCAACUCUGACUACCCCCUUAGGAACAAUUGCGACGCAGUCCACUGCAGCUCCCGUGUCUAAUGAAGUGCUAACAAAUGGCACCUCCAGGCCUUCUGCUACUACGGACACUAAUGACAUAUCUACAGCCCCUUCCACAAUUACUAAUGUGGAUACCACAAAAACACUGUCUCCUGCUUUCAGCACACCAAUAUCCUUAUCGUCUACAGCUUCUUCCACAGAGAGAAUUUCUACAGGUUCAUCAGGUACAUCAUCUACUGAUACUUCCAGAGCAACUCUGACUACCCCCUUAGGAACAAUUGCGAUGCAGUCCACUGCAGCUCCCGUGUCUAAUGAUGUGCUAACAAAUGGCACUUCUAGGCCUUCUCCUACUACGGACACUAAUCAUAUAUCUACAGCCCCUUCCACAAUUACUAGUGUGGACACCACAAAAACACAGUCUCCUGCUUCCAGCACACCAAUAUCCUUAUCGUCUACAGCUUCUUCCACAGAGAGAAUUUCUACAGGUUCAUCAGGUACAUCAUCUACUGAUAUGACCAGAGCAACUCUGACUACCCCCUUAGGAACAAUUGCGAUGCAGUCCACUGCAGCUCCCGUGUCUAAUGAAGUGCUAACAAAUGGCACCUCCAGGCCUUCUGCUACUACGGACACUAAUGACAUAUCUACAGCCCCUUCCACAAUUACUAGUGUGGACACCACAAAAACACUGUCUCCUGCUUUCAGCACACCAAUAUCCUUAUCGUCUACAGCUUCUUCCACAGAGAGAAUUUCUAUAGGUUCAUCAGGUACAUCAUCUACUGAUACUUCCAGAGCAACUCUGACUACCUCCUUAGGAACAAUUGCGACACAGUCCACUGCAGCUCCCGUGUCUAAUGAAGUGCUAACAAAUGGCACCUCCAGGCCUUCUGCUACUACGGACACUGAUGACAUAUCUACAGCCCCUUCCACAAUUACUAGUGUGGAUACCACAAGAACACCUUCAUCUGUUUCUAGCACACCAAUAUCCGUAUCGUCUACAGCUUCUUCCACAGAGAGAAUUUCUACAGGUUCAUCAGAUACAUCUUCCACAGUUAGAAUUACAGCACCCGAAGCUGGCACUGUUUCAGCUACCACAAAAAGUACAUUACCACAAGGAACUUGCACUUCACUUAUUUUUUCCAUACAACUUGAGAAAGUAACCAGUGAAGUGAUACAGUUGAAUUGGACACCUCGAGGUGGGACAAGAGAUAGCCCUUACACUGUAUAUCUGCUGGGGGAUAACACAGUGAGGAAUAAGAGCACUACGAAUGAAACAUGGAUAGCAUUUGGAGAUCUGGUUCCUGGUUAUGAAUAUAUAAUAUCUGUGGAAGUUUUAACUUGUGCUAAGAAGAUCAAUACUUCAAGAAGAGUUCGCACAGAAGCUAAAACAUUUGAUGGAAAAACCAGGAUUACAAAUGAAGAAUUCAAACCUGAGUAUAACAACAAAUCAAGUGAAGACUUUAAGGAUUUUGAAAAGAAGUUCAUUGCGGAGAUAAGAAAAAACUUGCCACCUGAGAUGCAAAGGUUACUAGAUGAAGGAAAACUGCGUAUAGUAAUCAACAAUCUUAGAAGUGGCAGUAUAGUUGUGGACUUUAUGAUUGUUUUGGAUGUAGGAGAAAAUUUAACAAAAACAGAGCUCACAGCUGCUUUUACAGAGGCCUUUAACAACAGUACAGAAUUUCAAACGGACCCUAACAGUACACUUAUAGAAGAAACGAAUAGUUGUAAGAUGGGAUUCAAUGAUUGUUCUGAACAUGCCACAUGCAACAUUAGCGGGCCAUCUUAUUCCUGUCAGUGUCAGGCUGGAUUCACAGACUUCAGUCCCAACGUUCCUGGGAGAGAUUGCCGAGAACCAGCUGUAGAGCCUGUGACAACUGCACCAUCAAGACAGCCAUCUACAUCAAAGCCAUCUGUUGAAAGCAUUAGCCCCACACAAGAAUCUGAAACUGCACCUGCAACUUCUAUAAACACGACAGUUCCGUUACCAGUGCUGAGUCCACAAUCUACAUCAGUCAUAUAUCCAACCACAGUAGAUUUAACAAAUUUAAUUACUUCCUUAAUAACUACUACACUUCAACCUACAAUUGAAGUCACUUCAACGAAUACUGUGAGUAAAGUGCCCACAGGUAACAUAACACUUAUCAGUCCUACUGGCAAUACUAUAAUUACAAGUACUGAAAUAGGUAAAAGUACUCCCACAGAAAAAACAACGCCAGUAUAUACAGACACAAUAGCAACUACAGAGACACAUUUUUCAACACCCGCCAUCACUGAAACACGUGUAACUUUGCCAGUAUCUUCAUCAGUAGCUACAAAAUCCACAAAUACAUAUUCUGUAAAUAAUACAUCCCUGGAAACUACCCCCUUAGGAACAACUGCGAUGCAGUCCACUGCAGCUCCCGUGUCUAAUGAAAUGCUAACAAAUGGCACCUCCAGGCCUUCUGCUACUACGGACACUAAUGACAUAUCUACAGCCCCUUCCACAAUUACUAGUGUGGACACCACAAGAACACCGUCUCCUGCUUCCAGCACACCACUAUCCUUAUCGUCUACAGCUUCUUCUACAGAGAGAAUUUCUACAGGUUCAUCAGGUACAUCAUCUACUGAUACUUCCAGAGCAACUCUGACUACCCCCUUAGAAACAAUUGCGACGCAGUCCACUGCAGCUCCCGUGUCUAAUGAAGUGCUAACAAAUGGCACCUCAAGGCCUUCUGCUACUACGGACACUAAUGACAUAUCUACAGCCCCUUCCACAAUUACUAGUGUGGACACCACAAGAACACCGUCUCCUGCUUCCAGCACACCACUAUCCUUAUCGUCUACAGCUUCUUCCACAGAGAGAAUUUCUACAGGUUCAUCGGGUACAUCAUCUACUGAUACAAGCAAAGUAACUAUGAUUGUGAAACCCAGCACUAAUUCUGUGAGUUCAACCACAAAAAUGCCAACAAGAUUUUCUACAAUCUCUGUGACACCUCCAUACAGGUCUACGAUUGUAACAUCUCCAGAUACUUUCAGCAGGAUGACAAGGUCUACAGUUAUAGUUACAGGAUCUACAACAAAUCCUAUUUUAACUACCACAUCAGGAGCUUGCACUUCGCUUGAUUUUUCCAUACAACUUGAGAAUGUAACCAGUGACAUGAUACAAUUCAAUUGGACACCUCAAGGUGGCGGUAUAGCUUAUACAGCUUCUCUGUUCGGAGAUGAAGCAGUGAAAAAAAACACUACAUAUAAAACAAGCAUAGCAUAUGAACAUUUGCUUCCUGGCCAGGAAUACAUAAUAUCUGUGGAGGUUUUAAACUGUGGUAAGAAGACCAGUACUUCAAUGACAGUUCAGACAGCAUCCAAAAACUUCAAAGGACAAACCAGGUUGAUAGAUAAAGUGUUCAACCCUCAGUACAGAAACAAAUCAAGUGCAGCAUUUAAAGACUUCGAAAAGAAUUUCACUGACGAGAUAGGGGGAAAAUUGACAGGCGAGUUCAAAAACUUAUUUGACAUGCGGAAAAUGCGUAUAGUAAUUGACAGUCUUAGCAAUGGCAGCGUGACUGUGCUCUUCAACAUGGUGAUGCCUGUGCAACAAAACUUAAUACAAACAACGGUCUUCGAUGCUUUAAUAAAAGCCCUGAACAAAAGUGCUCUGGGGCGAGUGGACUUCAACAGCACUUUUAUAAAAGCGGCAAACAGCUGUGAAACAGUACCAAAAGUCUGUUCUGAACAUGCCUCAUGCAUCCCUGAAGAGGCAACUUAUUCCUGUAAGUGUAAGGAUGGAUUCUAUGACCACAGUCCCCGUGUACCAGGGGAAGAUUGCCAAGACAUAAAUGAAUGUGCUACUAACACGUCAUCAUGUUCACGCCUGGCCACAUGCAACAACACUGUAGGAAGUUAUGAAUGUAACUGUAAUCCAGGAAUAAAAGAUGGGAAUCCAACAAAUCCUGGAAGACAAUGUAAAGAUCCUGUUCUCUGCUUCAGCAGCGCCAACCUUUGCUCAACACAAAAUAAUGACUGUCUUGACUCCAAAGAUCAGAUAUGCUCAAGUAAACAAGCUUUUGCUUGUGAAAUUUUGUUCAAAAACUUGGUGUUUGGUCCUGAACUUUAUAACUCUGAAAGUCAAAGGUAUCAGAAUUUGUUCCAAAGCAUCACAACAGACGUUGUUAAUCAAAUGCGAAUCAGCCUGAGAGAUAACAGCUUUGAUAUCAUAGUGGUUGGAUUUAGACCUGGGAGUGUGAUCGCCUAUUUUGUUUCUCUACUACAAGGACAACAGUCCAUUGAUGCAAAUACUCUUCAAGCAAAUUUAAGUAAAAUAGUAAAGAACGUGUUUGGUAAUGAAACUGAAGUAACCGUACAAUCAAUCCCAACAUCUUCUGAAACAAAUCUGGCCUGGAAAACAGCGGUGAUUGUCCUUGGAGUUCUACUUGGAGUUGCAUUAAUAUUUGCUGUGCUGAUACUGUCAGUGUGCCUUUGGAUGAGGUCUACGGCUGGUGAAUAUUGGCUUGAACCUAAAGGACUCAUGGGAAAUUUUGCCUACCACUACCUUUAAGCCUUCACUUUGACUUAUAAAUGAUUUCACUCACUACCUUAAAAUAGAUUGAAUAGAGAGAUUUUAAUGUCUCUUUUUAUCUGAAGUAUUUAUAUGACACUCUGUGCCCCCUAUCACAGUUGAACCUGAGUGCCUCACAAUCUUUAAUGUAUUUAUCUUCACAACAACUUGGUGAGGUUAGGAAGUGCUAUUAUCCCCAUUUUAUUAAGGAGGAACUGAGCCACAGAGAGACUAAGUGACCUACCCUGAGAAGUCUGUGGCAGAGCUCGGAGUUCUAUGCUAGUGACCUAAGGAAAGGAAAUGGCUAUAAAUGGCAGUUAUAGAUUAGAUAUGUGGUGUUAGAGUUAUAAACACAAAGUAGUUGAUGCUUUUAUAGAAACCACCAGCAAAAUUCCUAUUGUCUUAAAUGGAAACACGAUGAAGCCCACUAUUAUGGUCCAUAUUUUGCUCUUGGAAAUACUUGACUUCAAGGAGAGCUGUAUAUAUGCAUCUAAUGGCAGAACUGGACUCUUUGUGUGCCUGUGCAUUUAUUACAUUCAUUUAGUUUCAACCCAUCACAUAAAUUCACUAUACAAAGUGUGGGUUGGCAUGUACCAACAUGUCUUAUGCACAUCUCUAAUGAACUUAUACAUAUGAAUACUCUACACAACUCCAUGAUUAUCUUCUUUCAUUUUGACCAAUGAGCACAGUUUGCAAUAAACAUAUAAAAUCCUUAUAAAGUAUGUUGACUUUAAAUAGACAUGUAUGUGUGAUCUAAAAAGAAAUUGCCAAAUGUAAAAUUUUAACAUACCACUGAAAGGGAAGGAAGAUGAUCUGGGGAGGAACAGAUUAACUCAUCCAUUUUUACCUAUUAGAAAUGAUUAGACAAAAAUUUGACAUAUAAUCUCAUUUCACUUUGCUCUUUAUAAGCCUGAUCCAAAGCCCAUUGAAGUCAAUGGAAAGACUCAGGGAUUUCACUAGGCAUUAAAUCAGACCCUGUAUAUUUUAUAGUCAUAAAAUAUUUUACAGAGUUUUCCUUAUCUUCAUCACACCUAGAUUGUAAACUCUUUGGAACAGGGCUUGUUUACAUUUUUUGUGUAUUUUACAGCACUGAGCAUACUAAUAAAUAGUAAUAAUAAUUAUUCCACCAUGAUUUGUGUAUUUCAUAUAGACUUAAUUUUGUCUGUAUCUGUAUUUCCUUUUGUCUGUGAGCCAACGCCUGGUUCUAUGAUUUGUUACUGAAUGUGUGUUACUGUGAAAUAGUGGGUGGGUGGAAUUUCUGAAUAAUGGGGUCUGACUUCAGUUCAGAAGUUAGCAGUCAAUUAAGAAAGAAUGGAAUUCAUUUCUUCAUAACAGCAUGGGUCCUGUUCUUUUACAGGCUACAUCAUGUCUUUUGGGCACAACCUAGAUAGAGUUCGAAGGAAAGCAGAGCUGCACUGCCCCAGAUGGCUGAAUGCCUUUCUGAACACCCCAGUCCAAAGGGACAGCACAUCUAUUCUUACUGUUUUAUAUGGGUGCAGCCAGUUUCUUUUCACGAGGCCAAAUCCCAAGUCAGUUUGACCUCUCAGUGCUGUUUCUCUGGCUCUCCUCUUUUGCCGGAUAGUGUGUCUCGUGGAGGAACUAAGAUACAAUUAACUAAAUGGAGGGGGUCACACCUGUAUGGGUAUGUCUACACAGCAUUCUGAAGGUCUAAAAUUAGCUGGAUAGACAGCGUUUUGAAGCUGUGGCUCAGGCAAGAGCUUGGGGUCUGAAGGCUAGUGAGGAGUAUGGGCUUCAGCGUCCGAGCUGCAACUUCAAAGAGAUGUUCACACUGCUAUUUUAGAGUGCGAGCGUGAGCCCUAUAAGCCUGAGUUUGUCGACCUGGACUGGGAGGCUCAUGCCCACUCGCUCCAAAAUGCUGUGUAGACAGACCCUGUGGGACUUUGCUUCCCAGAACAUAGGGUGAGUGAGUUCAGGCUGUACCAUCCUUCCAAGUGGUUGCUUACCAGGCCCUCCAUAGAUUAGCAACAGAGUGGUAUUCCAGAAGGGGCCAUGGUGAUCACGAAGGGAUGACUGCAUGUUUGCUGCAUCUUUCUGCACAAAUUUGUGUCACUAUUUUGUGCUCCUGGCAGGCGUAAUAUUUGCAGGGAUCUGUGACGAGGGCUUUUGCUCAUGAGGCACAAGCUCUUUCUGAGCAUCCCUGGGGCAGUAUAUGCUGUACUGCCUUCUACUCAGACUGUGCCUAUAUGCCACAACCCAGCCCCACAGAAGAAGACUUACUAACAUUAAUAUUUGUGGCCACUAUUUUACAGGCUUUAUAACCCUGAUGACGUGCUAUACUCAUGAAUCAUUUGUGAAUGUGUACAUAGCCAUUCAUUAGGGUGACAAGAUGUCCCAAUUUUAUAGGGACAGUCCUGAUUUUGGGGUCUUUUUUGUAUAUAGGCUCCUAUUA